AAUUCAUUACAUUGCACUGUAAAAUUUUGCCUGGAUUAUAACAAUAGCCUACCUGGAAAUUGCACGCAGCUGCGCAUUUUUUGUAUUAUUACCUGUUAAACUAAUCCGAUCUAAUGGACCAUACAAAUAGCGAUGAUGAGAAUAGUUGUUCGUCACUUGAUUUCAAAACGGAGCCAGAGCAACUCGCCAGAUUGUACUCGUAUCUCUAUCUACAAUAUUUGCGAGUAUUUAAGCCCAACAUGAGCUGUCAAAGGGAAAGUAAUAUGGCCAUUGAGCGCUAUAUAAGUUAUGAGAUGAGCCGGCAACAGAGCUUGAUGCGCAAUGAAAUCGCUAGACCACGCCCACUACCACAGAUUCAGAUUCAGUUGCCUCCAAGGCAGCCGGUGAAACAGGAGCCCGCAGAGCCGCUUAUCAUAAAUUGUACAUUGGUAACUUUGGGACCAGUAAUCAAAAGAAAUAAAUAUCCGGAUUUGCCACAAUUGCCGCCUGUUGAUCCUGCACUCAAGCAGCAGGUGGCCAAAAUACAGAAAAGUCAGCAUCACUACACGCAACUAUUUAGCCGUUUAACUAGUAUGCUGCAGACGUUAAAUCAACGCUACGAAUCCAAUGAAUUCGAUUCACAUUCAGACGGCACUCCACCACCACCACCUAUAAAACGAGGUAGCCAUAACAUAUCUAGUAGUUCCAGUGAAUCACAACCGGACGCAGUCAAAGACUCAUCAAUGGAGCAGUAUCCGCAACGAGUAAGGCUAAACGAUGGUAACUUUGGCUAUGUUCUCGGUCCCAAUGGCACACAGAUCACCGCCAAUGAGUACGGCCAAGUGUUUUGGACAAAUGCCCCUGUCGCAACGCGCUGCUUGCUGGCCGUGGUCUUCAGUAGCGAUGAGCUGGCUACACAUACACUGACAGGAAAACCUUCGCCGGCUUUUUAUGGACGCGAGCGCCCGGCUAAGAUGAUGCUGGAUCCGCGUAAGGUUGAUGACAUUGUAGCUUGCGUACGCAGUCGCACAGGCGGUAAAGAACGACAUAUUAGAGCCACCAUUACAACCAAGUGUGCCGACACGGCCAAGAAAUACAAGCGACGUGCCAACAAAGCGCUCAAGGAGAACAUUGUCGUCAUAGACGAUUAAAUUUUGUGUUA